AUGAUUACCUUGGAAAUCUCGAGAAUAGUUCUUUGUAUCCAAAUUGUUGCUGUGGCUGUUGAAUUACCAAAAAAGUAUAUGAAGAAACAUUGGAUAUCGGUGGCUAUUUUGCUUUUACCAGUCAUGACUGCUGGUUGGCUUAUCGUGGGACUUUUCAUCUGGGUUUUAAUCCCCCAUUUCAACUUUGCUGAAGCUCUUUUGGUAAGUGCUUGUGUCACAGCUACAGAUCCAGUUUUGGCUGCUGCUGUGGUGGGUAAAGGUAAAUUCGCUGAAAGAGUUCCAGGCCAUUUAAGAAAUUUGUUAACUGCAGAAUCUGGUUGUAAUGAUGGGAUGGCUUUCCCGUUCAUCUUUUUAAGUCUAAACAUGGUUCUUUAUCCUGGCGAAGCAGGUAAAAUCAUUCAACAUUGGAUCACUUUAACCAUUUUAUGGGAAUGCAUAUGUGGCAUAAUUGUGGGAUCUUGUAUGGGCUGGCUAUUAAGAAAAGCUGUUAAAUGGGCAGAAACUAAAAAAUUAAUUGAUAGAGAAUCGUUUUUGGCAUUCUUUGUAUUUUUGGCUUUUAAUUGUGCUGGGAUUGGUUCAAUGUUAGGUAUUGAUGAUUUAUUAGUUAGUUUUGCUGCUGGAACUGCUUUUGGUUGGAAUGGUGAAUUUGCUCGUAAAACAGAAGAAUCUCAUGUUUCAACUGUCAUUGAUUUGAUUCUAAAUUUGUCUUUUUUUGUUUACUUCGGUGCCAUUGUUCCUUGGGAUGAUUUUAAUAAUCAUGCCCUUGGUUUGGAUGUUUGGAGACUUUGUAUUCUUGCAAUUGUGGUAAUUUUUCUUAGACGUAUUCCUGCAGUUUUAGCUUUCAAACCUUUCACUCCAGAUAUUAAAACUUGGAGAGAAGCACUUUUUUGUGGACAUUUUGGUCCUAUUGGAGUAGGUGCUAUUUUUGCUGCAAUUUUGGCAAGAAAGGACUUGGAAGCUCAUUAUUUCAAUCAUGUUGAAACUCCUUUGGAAGAAUUACCUCUGAAAGAUACUCCACAUUAUCAAUUAAUUGCGGCUAUUUGGCCCAUGGUUUGUUUUAUUGUUGUGACUUCAAUUAUCGUUCAUGGAUCUUCCGUUGCAGUUCUCACAUUGGGUAGACAUUUGAAUAGAAUGGCCAUAACCAUGUCAUUCACUGCCACAAACACUCAAGGUGAUAGUGGGCCUUCUUGGAUUAGUAGGUUACAAAAUUUAGAGAAACACAGUUCAUCUUAUUCAUUACAGCGUGUUGAUUCUAUGGCACCACAAAAGAAUCUGACUGAGGGACAAGGUUCAACUGACUCUUCAACUACUUUACAACCUCCUGCUUCUUCUGCUCCUCCAAUCGAACAAACGAACACUGUGGAAACAAGUGGGAUUAAAGUAAGACCGGCAGGUGGUGCUAAAAGAAAGAAGAGAAGAAGGAGAACAGCUUUAGGAAAGACUUUAUCUCGUUCAACUUCUAGAGCGGAUGGAGAAAAUGGUCCAGAAAGACCAAGACCUCAAACAGAGUUUUUACAAUUAGGAAGAGCCUCUCAGUUAAUGGUACCAGGUGUUGGAGAAGGCAGGAAUAGAGAUAAUAAUGAGAAAGAGGACCAUGAAGAGUUAGAACCUUCAGUUGAAAGAACCAAUAAUAUCAAUGGUGGUGGGUCAACAUCAUCUUCGAAUAAUGAUGAAGAAGAAAGAGUACCUACUACAGUUUACCAAGAAGGAACAAGUUUUAUAGUUGAAGAUCAAAAUGGUGAAGUGUUAGAGACUAUUAAUUCACGUGAAGGUGCCAAUUCCUUUGACCCUGGAUUAGCGGAUCAACGAAGUAUUCAUUCUGAAGAUUCUUUGAGAAGGGUGUUAACACAGUUGUCGAAUGGUCUGGGUGCCUCCUCGUCUGAUAUAAUGAGUGUGGAUCAGAAAUUAAAUCAAGUUAAAUCUAGAACAGCAUCUAACAAAAAGGAAUUCAUUCGGACGAAGGACAGGAGAAAGAUCUACACUUAUAAUGUUGGAGACAUGCUUGUUUGUGAAAAUGAAGAAGGUGAAAUUGUUCGAUUAUAUAAAUGGAAUAAAAAGAAUGGUGGUGAUGGGCAACAAAAUCAAGCAACAGCUUCUUCAUCCACUGGUGCUGGUACCAAAUCAAGAUCAAGAUCUUCUACACUUGUUGGAAGAGCCAUGUCCUUGGUAAGAGGUAAGAGUAAUCAAAGUAAUGAUAAUAGCACUAGUCUUACUAAAUCUCAUUCCAGUGGACAAAGUAUACCACCAGUUUCACCACCACAUAUUGUUGUUUCAGACGGGGAUGGAGUGACAACCACCAAUAUUCCAAUGACGGCAUCACCCAGAAGACAAAUCAGGAGACAUUCUACUGUAGAAGAGGUAGAUGAUGAUGAGGACAAUGAACCUUCUUUUGAUGAAGAGGAAGAUGAUGAUGAAGAUGCUUCGUUUGACUCGGACCAUGAAACACCUAUUGAAAGAAGAAGAAGAUUGGCAGCAUUAGGAAAACUUCCCACUCUGAAACAUGAAGAUGAUGAAGAGAAAUGA